GCUCUCCACCUUCCCCCCAACUUCCUUCCCCUGUUUCUUUCUCCAGGGAAAUCCCCGAGGUCUGGGGCCCCGGCCACCAUGGCCACUUUCCGGCAGGAAGAUGUGGAGGACCACUACGAGAUGGGGGAAGAGCUGGGCAGCGGCCAGUUCGCCAUCGUGCGCAAGUGCCGGCAGAAAGGCACCGGCAAGGAGUACGCGGCCAAGUUCAUCAAGAAGCGGCGCCUGUCGUCCAGCCGGCGCGGGGUGAGCCGCGAGGAGAUCGAGCGCGAGGUGAGCAUCCUGCGGGAGAUCCGGCACCCCAACAUCAUCACGCUGCACGACGUGUUCGAGAACAAGACGGACGUGGUGCUCAUCCUGGAGCUGGUGUCGGGCGGGGAGCUCUUCGACUUCCUGGCCGAGAAGGAGUCGCUCACCGAGGACGAGGCCACGCAGUUCCUCAAACAGAUCCUGGACGGCGUGGACUACCUGCACUCCAAGCGCAUCGCCCACUUCGACCUCAAGCCCGAAAACAUCAUGCUCCUGGACAAGAACGUGCCCAGCCCCCGGAUCAAGCUCAUCGACUUCGGCAUCGCCCACAAGAUCGAGGCAGGAAACGAGUUCAAGAAUAUUUUCGGCACCCCAGAGUUCGUGGCACCCGAGAUUGUCAACUACGAGCCCCUGGGCCUGGAGGCUGACAUGUGGAGCAUUGGCGUUAUCACCUACAUCCUUCUGAGCGGCGCUUCCCCGUUCCUGGGCGAGACCAAGCAGGAGACACUGACCAACAUCUCGGCUGUGAACUACGACUUCGACGAGGAGUAUUUCAGCAGCACCAGUGAGCUGGCCAAGGACUUCAUCCGCCGGUUGCUGGUCAAGGACCCCAAGAGGAGGAUGACCAUCGCCCAGAGCCUGGAGCACUCUUGGAUCAAGGCCAUCCGGAGGCGCAACGUGCGGCGCGAGGACAGCGGCAAGAAGCCGGAGCGGCGGCGGCUGCGGACGGCGCGCCUCAAGGAGUACACCAUCAAGUCGCACUCGAGCAUGCCGCCCAACCACAGCUACGUCAACUUCGAGCGCUUCUCCCGGGUGCUGGAGGAGGUGGCGGCGGCCGAGGAGGGCCUGCGCGGCCUGGAGCGCAGCCGGCGCCUGUGCCAGGAGGACGUGGCGGCGCUAGCGGCCGCGCAGGCCGAGCAGGAGGCCCGCUUCCGCGGCGAGCAGGAGGGCCUGGGCCAGGACCUGCGGCGGCUGCGCCAGGAGCUGCAGGCGGCCGAGGCGCAGCGGCGCCAGGCGCAGGAGGAGGCCAAGGGCGCGCUGCUGGGCGCCAACGGGCUCAAGCGCCGCUUCGGCCGCCUGGAGAACCGCUACGAGGCCCUGGCGCAGCAGCUGGCCUCCGAGAUGCGCUUCGUGCAGGACCUGGUGCGCGCCCUCGAGCAGGAGAAGCUGCAGGGCGGCCAGUGCGGGCUGCGCUAAGGCGCUCGGAAUGCGCACGCGCACGACCCGGGCGCGCGCACGCAUGACAGACCGCACCAU